UAAAAAUUAACAGAAAUAUAAGCAAAUUACAUUUAGAAAUCUAGUUAAAUGCAUAAAAACUUAAAAGUACAAGAGCAACAGCAAAGAAUUGCUCAAUAUUUCAGGGAGACUAGAGAAUAAAUAUUACUGUAGCAGAAAAGUUAGUAAACUACAUAGCCAACUUCUAAGCUUAUUAUGCUGAAUAUAAAUGAUGACUAUUAUCUGCCAGGAUACUUUCAUAGAAUUAAAGAGUUUAUAGAAAAUGGGGAAAUAGCGAGAGAUAAAAAUAAUGAAUCUGAUGAUUUAGAUAGCAAUUUCAAUAAUGAUUACAGACUACCUAACAACUUCUUUGAUCGAGUCGUUAAGGAAUUAGAGCCAAGGGCUAAUGAUAAGGAGAAUUAAAAAUCGUUUUGGAAAAACAUUGCUAAAGAAUAUGAUAUUGACCCUAAUGAUUAUGAAAAUAUCGAUAGACUCAUUGAAGAUUAGUAUUAAUUAAAAUUAGAAAAACUAUCUUUGGAUGAGAAUCCUGUAGAUGAAACACCAUUUAUUAACGAAGAUUAAGACUUAAAGUUAAUAAAAUCAGAAAAAUUUAGAAAAAUGUCUGAAAUGCAACACGAAGAAAAUGAAUAAAAAGACUAAGAAGGAAAUGAAAAUAAAUCUAAAGAAUUUGACUCCAACGACAGCGGGUAUGAUAGUGAACGAGAAGAACUCAAAAAUAAAAUUGAGUAGGAAUAAUUAGAGAAAGAACUAGCUCUCUAAAGAUAUUUAAAUGAUGAAUAGAUACAAGAAUUAUUAGAUAUUGAUUCUGACGAAGACAUUAUAUUUAAUGAAAAGGAUUAGGUUUACUUCACAGACAUUAAUAAAAGUCCCUUUGAUGAUCUCAACAAGAUUUAUGAGAGGAGAGAAAGCUUGCACCAAGAUAAAAUUAACUUUUAAAAAUAAUUUUAGAAAGUUAUUAUUAAUGCUUACAAGGAAAAGCUUAAGAAAAAGUUGUAUUCUCGUUUAAAAUAAAAAGAUUAAGAUGAUAACGAUGAUGAUGAUUUGGAAGAAUCUUUCACAUGGAAAAGAAGAGAAAGCUAAAGAUCUUAGAAAGAUGCACAGUAACAAUAAAAAAACCAAAAAAAAGAUGACGAAGUUUAAAAGUAGCCAACUUUAAGGGGUAGUUUUGGUAUUGAUUAGAAAAAAUAAAAAGAUAUAUAAAAAAAAUAAAGUAUUGAUUAAAAUGCCUCUACAAUCGCUAAUAAGCAAAGAGCAAGCAAAGAAGCAAAUAUUUUUGAGAAUAAUUAAAGAAAAUCAAUACAUUAAGACAAGGUAAUAGCUGAUAAGUUAGUAGGAUUAUAAUAAAGUGUUAAUCUUGAACCUAUUAAAUAGGUUCAUCCAAAUCUCUUUGAUCUUGAUCAAAGUCACUAUUCAUAGCAAGAGUUUAUGCAAAAUACUUUCGGCUAAAUUAACAACAACAACAGAUAGCAAAAUUAGCAGAGUGAUAUGAAGCAAAAUAAAUCUAGGGCUUUAAUUGAUUUAUUGAGAGAGGAAUUACAGAAAGAAGAUGGUUAUAUCUCUGAUGAAUUGAUGGAAGGCAAAAACAGAAGCUAUUCACCUAUACAGAAGGAUGAAACUUAAUUAAAGAAAUUAAAUAAUUAUUUUGGUGAUUUGUCUAAAAAAAAAGAAGAAUCACAUUUACAAGUAGAAUAAACCACCAAUUACUUUUAUUCUAAAUAUUAGCAGGAAUACAAGCUUGAAAAAAAGAAAAAUUUUAUAGAAAACUUAAAGGAUACUCUGAUUCCUAAAUAAAAUGAUAAAUAAUUAGAGGAUAAAGACCUUAAAGAAUACGAAGACGAUUUAUAUUUGUAAAAGAGGAAGCAAGAUAAAGAAAAAAGAAAGGCCGCCUUAGAAAAAUCUCAGUAACUUCAAAUGUAAAGAUAAAAGCAAAUGCAAGUUGCUGAAAUAAGUGAGAUAAAUUAAAAAAUUUAUGGCUGUGAAGAUAGAAUAACACAGUUGGGAUUGAAAAAUAGUCCAUAAAAAAAUUAAAAAAGUCAAAUCGUUUAAGAAGUCCAAUACUCAUAAACAUAAUCAUAAAGCAAGUAAUAAAUCUAAAGAAAUAUGUAAGGAUAGUAGAUGGUAUAGUAAAGUUCUGGUUCAUUCAAAUAUCAAUAGAAUGGAAUUAAUUCUGCAAAUGGCUUAUAAAUGGGGUAAUAGUAAAGUAAUUUAGCAGGUAGUGCUUUCAAUUAAAACAAAAAAGGAAGUUAAACAAGUUUUCCGAUAGACUUACAAAAGUUAUAGUCGAUGAAUACUCAAUAAGCGUAUUAGCAGUAAUAAUAGCUCUAUAGCUAUUUAGAUAAAAAGAGCUCAUAAUAAGAUAGCAGAAUGUAAUCACAAUAGGUCUUCAAUUAAAAUUAAAUGUAAAUGUAACAACAGUAGUAGCAGCAGUAGUAACUUAUUUCUCCAGAAAGUUCAUUUAUAUAGAAUAGUUUUAUGCAAUAACUACCUUUUGAAAAUAUUAAUACUGCCAGAAGCAAUUAUUCAUAAUUUUUAUACAGUGCAAGGUAGGAUCCAAACUAAUAAUAAAGCGGAGCAGCAAGUAAACAUGAUUUAGAUUCGGCUGAGUAGUAAUAAUUCGAAAGAGCUUGUAUGCUUUUGUAUUCUGAUUUGAAAAAAGUCUUGUAAAUUUUGCUAAAAGAUGCCCAAAAAAAUCAAGAUUUUAGUUAAAUAAAUCUCCUCUUUUAAUAUCAACAAGAACUAGAGGAAAUUAUGAGCUUUAAGAACAAUAUAACCUAUAACUUUUUAUUCAUGAAAUUAAAAAUAUUUAGAGAUGAAAAAAAAUUAAAAGAUCACAUAGAAAAAAUGUCAUUUUAUCAACUUUGA